CUAUGCGUCUUGUCAACCGCCUUAACCUUAAAAUUUGAAUCCACAUGAAUGGAGAAAAAACCGAUUUUUUGAGUACAUAUUUUAUAUUCCCUACAGUAGAAAUACCAUGAAUAGCAAAAUGGACAUAUUCGUUCAGAAAAAUAACGUCUUAACUGGAUUGCCAGAAUGGGAAAUAGAAAAUGCGGAUUAUGACUAUCACCAAGAAAUUGCUCGAUCUUCCUUUGCUGAUAUGUUACAUGAUACCGAAAGAAACCAGAAAUAUGAAGCUGCGUUGAAAAUUGCAAUUGAAAAAAUACAUAAGAAAGGACAGAAAGCGAUAGUUCUAGAUAUAGGUACUGGAACAGGGCUAUUGUCUAUGAUGGCUGUUAGGAAUGGUGCUGACAAAGUAACAGCUUGUGAGGGUUUUGAACCAAUGAGUGUUUGUGCUCUUGAAAUAAUAAAACUCAAUGGAUUCGAAAAUAAAAUAAAAGUAAUUCCCAAAAGAUCUAUUAAUUUAACUGUAGGUAAAAAUUGUGAUUUAGACGAAAAAUGUAACAUUUUAGUUACAGAAGUUUUCGACACUGAACUAAUUGGGGAAUGUGCUUUGUCAACUUUCAAUCACGCUCAUCAUUCUUUGCUAACAGAAGACUGUAUAGUUAUACCUCAUUCUGCUACAAUGUAUGCACAAGUAGUGGAAUGUCCCAUAGCACAUGAAUGGAAUAGAAUAUCAGAUAUAUAUGAAGAUGGGGAGCUUUUACUGAAAGUUUCUGAUAAUAUAAAAAAUUGUACUGGUUCUGCAGCUCUAUAUGAUUUUCAACUGAGCCAAUUGCCAAAAGAUUCAUUCAAAACUCUCAUGAAACCUACUCCUAUUUUUGAAUUUGAUUGGACUACUUGUACUCCUCUAAAGCGAUCAACAGUUCUGAGUGUUCAAGCCGAGUGUGAUGGUGAAGCACAGGCUGUAUUUAUGUGGUGGGACUUGAAAAUGGAUACUGAAAAUAAGAUAAUACUCAGUUGUGCGCCAUAUUGGGAUCAUCCGUCAUCCAAAAGUGAUUUAAAUGUGAAGAUACCCUGGAGAGAUCAUUGGAUGCAAGCGGUUUAUUACUUUCCUAAAGAAAUAGUGUUCAUUAAGGGUGAAGAAUUGAAUUUAUUAGCCAAUCAUGAUGAAUAUUCUUUAUGGUUCAAUAUAAAAAAAACACCAGAAUUUGAUAAAGUGGAUUAUAGAGUACCAUCCUGUAAUUGUAGUGUCCAUAUACUUCCAAGGACAAGAAUUGGUCAAAUGAACGACAAACAUAGAUAUAAAGUAUUAAUGGAUAAUAUAAAGAACAAAAUUGCAGAAAAAGAUAUAUUAGUUCUGAGUAAUGGAUGCCACUUUAGUUUGAUAUGUUCCAAAUUGAACUCAAGAAAAAUAUACAUUUUCGAUAAUAACACUCAAUCUCGAAAAAUUUUACUUAAUUUCAUUUCAGUUAAUGAGAUCAAAAAUGUUGCAUUAUUUGAAAAUAUUGAAAAUUUAUUGAAAGAAAUACCAGAACAUUCCAUUGAUGUAGUUUUAGCAGAACCUUAUUUCCUCACAAGUAUUCUACCUUGGGACAAUUUAUAUUUCUAUUUUAGCUUAAGAAGAAUCAGGUCACUUUUGAAGGAGAAUGUGCAAAUUUAUCCUAAAGCAGCUUGUAUAAAAGCCAUAGCCGUAUGUUUUGAUGACCUUCAUAAAAUUCGAACACCUUUGAAAGAAUGUGAGGGUUUCAAAAUGGAGAAUUUCGAUAAUUUGAUUAAGGAAUCUUCACGUAUAUGUGAUGAGUUGGUUGAACCACAACCUCUCUGGGAAUAUCCAGGUAUUGCUGUGAGUUCGGUGGAAAAAAUUGUAACUCUUCAAUUCUCUGAACAUAGCUUGGAAUUUAUAAAACUAAGAGGCACCUUAAAAAUUGAAGACAAACGAGCCUGCAAUGGAAUUGCUUUUUGGGUGGAUUGGUUACAUGGAAAUGACAUAAUAACUACAGGUGCUAUAGUUGAUCCAGAAAUAGGAAAAAAAAUAAUGUGGGACAGGAAUAGCAAACAAGGGGUUUGUCUUUUUGAAACCAAAUACGUGGAUUCUAUAAACUACUAUUUCACGUUGGAUCUCAUUCUUGGAGACAUAAAAUUUGAGUACAAAUAAUUGAAUAAAUUUUUUUUACUGAGAA